AUGUUUUACCAACAGGACGAGUAUAGAGCUGUGUGUUAUGAAUUGGAGCAAUUUCUGGCUGAAUCUAAUCUUGGACAAGACCAUGGUUGUAAUGAUGAAUUUGAUGACUCCUUUGUGCAGAUGGAUUUUAAAAGCGUAGAAACUACUUGUGUAUUGUCUUCAUUUGGCAACAUGCUAGACUUUGGACGUACCGUCAAACAAAUCCAAUCUCCAAAUUUGAAUAGCGAGAUUCAACAGCUGUCGCUGGGCGACAUUGAAAUGGACUUGGACUGCCAACUUCGAGGAAUACGAAGCGAUGAAGAACCAUCCAACGAUUCGGCCAGCAUUUUAGUAGAUUUAAACGAUCUAUUAGGUGGAAACCUGAGUAUAAUCCAGAGGUCAAACACCCAGACGCAUUCCAAAUUCGAAGCCCAAGCAUCGCGUAACCCUUUUGAUGGUUCAUUGUGCUCUCUCUAUCAUGAAUCCAAGGAUGAGAGUUUUCUAAUUCAUUCCGAUGAAGAGGCUCUGGAGUCCUCCGAUCAGCGGUGUAUUUCUCCGAGGGAAGAAAGGGACACGGGUACUGCAUCAUUCUCAUUGGAGAAAGAACGCCCUCUAUCGAUUUCACCGAGGAGAGUAUGCAAACCGCUUUCUAAGGAAAAAAUAUUUUCCAAAUUGGUUAAGCCAGUCCUGAAAAUUCCCAAGAAAUCACUUAAUUUAUUUGUAGAUUCAGCAGAUGGCAGGUUGGACGAAGCAACAAAGUAUGCAACAGAGAUCAACUCGCUGAAUGCUGAAUGUAUCCCGUUACCAGAGAACACCAAUGAAACGGUGACAAUUCCAGCUGCCCAUUCGGCCCCCCAUGAGAAACGAGGAGCUAUUGUUCGAGCGGCUUUGCCCAUGAGGCUCUCCAGCAAAUUGGCCCAAGCGCAAGGGCAGAAGCAAGGAUUCUAUACUGUUCAUCAGUUCGGGGACUACUUGAGGGAAAAAGGCUUUGAUGGAACUUUCCUUCCUCAAUUUAAGACGGAAUUGGAUAACAAAGAAAAUAUAAACCACAGAGAACGUUUUGUUAAGAUGAAGGACCUCAAAUUGAUAAACUUGAAGCAAAGCAAGCAUGAACUACUAAAAAAAAAUGUAAGGUGGGCUAUCGACCUGGAAUGGUGA